AUGAGAUUGAAAGAGGAAGGUUCAAAUCUGUGCACCAGAUCCACAGUUUCCGUCGUUAUGAGCUCCGAUUCAAGUUCUAGUGGAGUGCAAUUUCCCGCCAUGGACGCAAGUCAGUUUGCUGCAUUCUUCAAUCAAAUCACCGCGAUCCAAUCGCACAACAGCAAAAGUGCGAAUCCGAGUCAUGAUCCUACAAAUCCAUACUUCAUUCUCCCAUCUGAAAGUCCAGGUAUACCUCUUACUUCUGUUGUUCUGACUGGAUCGAACUUUGGAGCCUGGAGUAGAGCUAUGCUGUUAGCUCUCAAAUCAAAAAAUAAGCUGAAAUUCAUAGAUGGUAAUAUUGAGAAACCAGAUAGCUCAGAUCCACUGUUUGAGGUGUGGGAGAGGUGCAACACAUAUGUCGUUGGUUGGCUUAACCUCUCACUAAGCCCAGAUAUCUACCAAAGUGUUUUGUGA